AUGAGCAAUUUACAACAUGGUAAGAUUGACGAACUGUUAGAUGCAAUUAGACAUGAGUUUGUGCAAGUAACGCAAGAGGUUGCCACGCAUCGUUUGCAAAAUCAAAAGAGUCAUGAUCUUGAGAUCAAUCAACAAUUGGUGGAACUGCAGCAAAUUAGGGGCACAGUUUAUGACCUGGAGGUAGCACAUAGAAGGCUGCACGACACGUAUAAAGAAGAAGUCGAGCAGCUGAGAGUGGUUGCCGAACAGAAGGAUCGCAAGAUAUAUGAUUUGACAAUGGAAUUACAAAUGAAGGAGAAAGAAGCUUUACUAAUACCGCCUGUAAUUCCUAAACCAAGCGUUUCUACUGUUAGUAGAGUAUCCCCACCCACAAUUGUAGUGGCUUCUGGUCAAAAUUCGAUUGCUAAUGGUACAUUGCCAGAACCUGUCUCAGAAAAACAACAACAUUUAAAUUCAAAUAAAGAUGAUGAUGACUUUAAAGACACUCCAAAAAAGGUUAUUCCCUUGAUGGAACGAGCUAGCAACUCUAAACCCUUUCCUCCAUUUUUAAUGGACUUGGACCCGACAAAGGUAUCUCCAGAAUUUAAGAAACAGGCUGAUGAUUACUAUGUGCUAUACAAUCCAGCAUUCCCAAAAAAUCUCGAUAUAGAAUUGCAUAAAUCUCUCGAUCACUCCUCAGUGGUAUGUUGUGUAAGGUUUAGCAACGACGGCAAAUAUCUUGCGACAGGUUGUAACCGGACCACACAAGUAUAUGAGGUAGCUACUGGGAUCUUAACGGCGAGGUUGACAGAUGACUCUACUACUAAGACAUAUGAUCAAAAUGAGGGAAGUCAUGAAACAGAUGGCGGUACAACAGAUUUGUACAUUCGUUCAGUAUGCUUCUCGCCAGACGGGAAAUUCUUGGCCACAGGUGCUGAAGAUAAAUUAAUAAGAAUAUGGGAUAUUGAGCGCCAGGAAAUCGUUACUGUGCUGCGAGGCCAUGAACAGGAUAUUUACUCGCUUGACUAUUUUCCCCAAGGUGACAAGCUAUUAUCAGGAUCUGGGGAUCGUACAGUCCGUAUUUGGGAUUUGACCACAGGAAAAUGUUCACUAACUUUAGCCAUUGAGGAUGGUAUUACGACUGUAGCUGUCUCACCAGACAACGGUAAGUAUAUUGCUGCAGGAUCUCUAGAUCAUUCUGUAAGGCUAUGGGACUCUCAGACUGGGUUUUUACUGGAGAGACUCGACUCUGAAAAUGAGCAUGGGAAUGGUCAUAAGGACUCUGUAUACAGCAUUAUGUUUAGUAAAGAUGGUAAUAGUAUCGUCUCCGGAUCACUUGACAAGACAGUGAAAUUAUGGGACUUAAAUACUUCCAAUCAGUCGGGAGCGAAGAGAAAUGGUACAUGUAUGGCCACAUAUGUUGGUCAUAAAGAUUUUGUGCUGUCCGUAGGAACAAUGGAUAACGACAAGUAUAUAUUGUCUGGUUCGAAGGACCGUGGGGUUAUAUUUUGGGACACACAAACGACAGAUCCUUUACUAAUGUUACAAGGUCACAACAACUCUGUGAUAUCGGUUUCUGUUGCCACAGAAUCCGUAUUCCCAGAUAAAUGUAAGAUCUUUGCCACUGCAUCAGGUGAUUGUAAGGCUAGAAUAUGGAAGCUUAUGGAAAAUAACAGCUAG